AUGAUCCCAGGCACCUUAGUGGAGAAGUCCGUCCUUGCCCGGGUGGGUGGAGAUGCCGCCUUUGUCAUGCACCGAAGCCCCACGUGUUCCCACACCUGUGUCCGGGUGUUCUGUUUUGCUUCGCGCCCGAUUGCCCUCUCGGAGCUGACGCCGUACAUCCUGUGCUCCAUCUGCAAAGGCUACUUGAUAGACGCCACCACCAUCACGGAGUGCCUCCACACCUUUUGCAAGAGCUGCAUCGUCAGACAUUUUUACUACAGCAACCGAUGUCCAAAGUGCAACAUAGUGGUACAUCAGACACAACCUCUGUAUAACAUAAGGUUGGACCGACAGUUACAAGACAUAGUGUACAAGUUAGUGAUCAAUCUAGAGGAAAGAGAAAAAAAGCAAAUGCAUGAUUUCUAUAAAGAAAGAGGGCUAGAAGUACCUAAACCCGCUGUACCGCAGCCGACGCCUUCAAGCAAAGGGAGAGCCAAGAAAGUCCUUGAGUCCGUGUUCCGCAUCCCGCCCGAACUCGAUGUGUCUUUGCUGCUGGAGUUCAUCGGUGCUAAUGAAGGCACGGGACAUUUUAAGCCGCUGGAAAAGAAGUUUGUUCGAGUUUCGGGAGAGGCAACCAUUGGGCAUGUAGAAAAAUUUCUCAGGAGAAAAAUGGGGCUUGAUCCAGCUUGCCAGGUAGACAUCAUCUGUGGCGACCACCUGCUGGAACCGUUCCAGACCCUGCGGGAGAUCCGACGAGCCAUCGGUGACGCAGCCAUGCAGGAUGGCCUGCUGGUCCUUCACUAUGGGCUCGUGGUGUCUCCUCUGAAGAUAACCUGAGGUCAGGGCACGCCUUGGGGCAGAGGCAGGCGGCACCUGCAGGACGGCCCCUCACCAAAGAGUCCACGGAGGUGUCCCUGCCACCACCCCAUGGCACUGCACAUGCGGCUUUUCUACUUCCAGCGCAGGAACGGCAGCGUUGGCGAGCACAGCAUGGACGACGGAGCAUCUGUACCAGAGACGGUAAAAAGCCUCCAGAGCUCAGGGCACAGAUUCAGAGUGUUGAGCUCCAACAUUCUUUGUGGUGAUGCGUGUGUUGCCGUCUUGCUGCCAUCUCUGAGGUGAAUUGGCUCCCGCUUGCUUCUUUGAGCCACAUUCCUUCCCGGGGACCACCAGCCUCCACCGGUGCCUCCGCCGUGCCUCCGUUGGGCAGUGAUCCUUUUGGAGAAGGGGUUUGCUUUUGAAUGGAAGGGUCGGAGCCAGACUUGUUCACCUGCAGGUGUGCUCUCAAAGACCAGGACCAUUGGCCACUUUUAUGCACUGCCAGCAUAUUUUGAACAUGUAACUUCUUUUAUACGAGCAACACCACCACAGCGGUGUCAGUCACUCUCAGGUGGAAGGAUUUUCACUGUUCUGUGUGAAAGACUGUCUUCUGAGGCGUUUAUGGUCUGUACCACAAGCCCUCGGUGUAAUAAACUUCCUAAUAUGUCUUACAAGAAGAGGUGCUUCUUUGUGACGAUGUUUUUAUUCUUAACAUUCAUUUUACUUGAGUCCAUGGCGUGGUUGCCGAUACUUGGCGAUGGCACUGCUUCUGAAGGCAAUACAAAAGUUUGGGUGUGUUUGAGACGUUUACAGGAUUUGUGUUCACUGUUUCCUCAGUAAGUCAGUUUAAUGUUUACUUUUUCAUUAUGUUAUCACUGGGGUAAAGAAUAAGGGCAUUUGGGCUCACUUCCAUGCAGACUUCAGUCUUAAGUGCAGUUUUGCCUAAACUUAGCCGUGUGAUCCUGGAGGGGAAAAGAUGUUGUAGGCCCCGUUUCGCUCUCCAGACGGCACAGAAACGGCUGCAGAUUGAACAAGGAUGGGCGAUUCUUGGUAAAGAAUUCGGGCAUUGUGUAUAAAUCUCUUCUGACAGUUAAUAAAAGUCUAUUUUAACCUAUUUGAAA